AUGUCGAUAAAGGCAAAUUUGAGGGGGUGCGACCAUUUUUCGAGGCUUCUCCGCUCCCUACUGAUCCUGCUGCUUUGCAUGCUGCCGAUAGGAGAGAUCCCCGCAGAGCAGCUACCCUGGGGGGAAAGCCGCCAAGAACGGCACAUUAAAGGCGAUCCUUUUGGGAAGCACUUCCAUUUGGGAAGGUUUUUAAGCGAAGACAGAAUUGACAUAAAGAACAACCUAGGCAACCUGAGGGACUCAUUCGAAAGCUACCAGCCACAGACUCCACUGGAAAUAACCCGAGAUGAAUUGAAAAAAAGAAUGGCACACUGUGGAAGCUUGUUUGUUAAUAAGAAAAGAGCACAUGCAGCAAUUUAUGUGUACAUUAAUUAUUUAAGGGUUAAAUACUACAAUAUGAUAAUGGAGUUAAAAAAGACCUUUCUAGAAUUAGCAUCUAAAAAGGAAGUACCGGGAGAUCUCCAAAAGGUGUAUUGGAGACAAUGUGAAGAUGAGCUCUUACGAGAUUUGCAAACAAUGGAAAACGUCUCUGAUAGGUACUUCCAAUCACUGAUGAAUAACAAUGUAAUUUUCGCAGUGCAGUUUAACUGGACCUUGGGUGCUCAUGAGACCUACUGGUUUUCCGAUAUGUACGAGAAGGAGUGCAAGUGGAGGAGGAUCCUCUCCGACAGGGCCAAUAAUUACAUACUGCGUUGA